AUGCCAACUCCCGAGGAGCGAUUCCUGUGGCUGGACCUCACCUAUGCAAUUCGUGGGUUGAUCCGACUGGAUUUCAAACAUCGAUUUGUUCAGAUUCCGUUCGCCAUCCCCUACAGCUCAAAGCUUUAUCCCCAGCCGGAAAGAGAUCUUUUGCCGGAGCAAAUUGACAGAGCUGGGCUCGAGAUCAUGCCGGAAAAGACCAUCGUGGACAACGUACUGCAUCCGAUUUUGCAAACUACGACCCGGUUCACGAAGAAGAUACUUGGUGAAAAGGCAACGAAUUCGGAUGGGGAGCCUUCUCACGAGGCUCUUUUCCAAGGCUCAGACCCAGAAACAAAACGAGCCAAGGAAGAUCUCCGCAAAUGGUUGAAUAGCUGCAAAGACAAGGGUCCACAGGAUCAACUGGCCAAGGCCAGGGACCUCGAUGCCUUAGCCAAGAAGUACAAUGUUGAUCGCAAUCCCAAAUACUACCGUGCGGAAGUUGACCAAGAGGAUCUCAGCAAAAGCCUCGAUGGCACCCUCGACGGCACAUUCCAGCAAUCUCUAAAAAAAUGGAUGUUGGAUUUCUGGGCUUAA